AUGUCCAAGCUCGAUGGGAUGGCAGCUGCCCUUAAGGAUCUGGAGUCGAAAGCACGAGGAGAGGUCCAAGUCUCCGCUCUCAGGGGCGGCGAAUUCACCCUCCCCAAGCGUUUCUUCGUCGCAGGGGUGUCUGAGGACGAGACCUCGCUUGUGCCAUCACUCUCUUUCCUCAUCUCGCAGAAUCUAUUCGAAGGGGGUCAACGACGCAUCCUUUACGAUCUGGGCUUGAGACGGGAUAUUGAACGCUAUUCUGCGCCGAUACAAAACCACACAAAGAAUCGUCAGCCGAUGACCUUAUUACCGGACGUCCGACAGAGCUUGAUCGAUGGAGGUCUUGAAGUGGCAGCUAUCGACGAAGUCAUACUCAGCCACGUUCACUGGGACCAUAUUGGGACUCCUUCCGACUUUCCCAACGCUCGCUUUCGAGUUGGUCAAGGAUCGCUUGAAUUGCUCAGCGAGGGGAUGAAUGGGCAUAUGUCUCAUUCCAAUUUCCAGUCUGAUCUUUUCGACGGCCUCACGGUUGAAGAGCUCACGGGCUCAGGGGAACACGUAGACGCAGCAGGGUUCACAAAACGUUGGAAGAACUUGGAGGGACUGAGAAUACUGGAUAUUGGGGGGAGCGACGAUGGUUCCUUGUUUGCUGUCGAUUUGCCAGGCCACUUGCCUGGACACAUUGGACUUCUCGCUAGAGUAAGACCUCAAUCCUGGGUGAUGCUUAUCGGAGAUGCUUGUCACGACGCUCGUCUAUUGACAGGCGAGAUGCAGAUAGCUGAGUGGGAAGAUGGUGAGGGUCGAGCGUGUUGUAUCCAUAUGAACAAAAGAGAGGCUACGGACACACUCAACAGCAUUUCGACGUUGCGAGAAGCCUCAAAGCAAAGCAAUCUCGUAUUGCAGGUAGUUUUUGCUCAUGACGCAGUUUGGGCACAAGAUCACCAAGAAGCCUUUUUCCCAGGCAAGAUAAACUGA